UUUUUUUUACAAAAAAUAUUUACAUUAUGUCUGUUAUUCGAAAAGGGUUAGUUUUUACAACAAUUAACGCGGCAAUUUAUUCAACAGAUGUCGAUAUUCACGAUGAUAUACAUAAACAAUUUGAAUUUAGAAAACACAAAGUUCUGGCUGAUAAAAUUCUUACAAAUGAUGAAAAAAAUUGAUGCAAUAAGAAUAUUAACUAUAACUUAUGAUCGAGAUAAAGUUAGGGUCAAUUAUGGUACGAAAAGAAUUUGUGAAAAUUGUAACCAAGAAUGUUUAGCUACAUUAUAUUGUGAACAUUGUGUUCGAAAUUAUUUAAAAAAAAAAUUUUCAAAUUGGACAUCUGGGAAUGAUGAUAUUGAUAAUAUAAUCCAGAGAUGUCAAAUGGAAUCACUCGGACCACAGAAUAUAGUUGAAUGGAUUCCAUAUAAUAAUUUAGAAAAUAUUAAAUAUCUAACAAAAGGUGGUUUCUCAGAGAUUUAUACAGCAGAUUGGGUUAAUGGAAGAUAUAUUAAAUGGGAUUCUGAAAAACAACAAUUAAAAAGAUCUCGAAGUCGUGCAGUAGUACUUAAAGGAUUAGAAAAUGUUGAAAGUGCAAAUAAACAUUGGUUUGAAGAGGCUAAAUCACAUUUAACUAUAAAUAAUAAAUGGCCAGACAUUGUUCGAUGUUAUGGAAUGACACAAAAUCCAUCAAAUGGAAAGUAUAUGCUUGUAAUGUAUAAAAUGGAUAUAGAUUUAAGAAAUUAUCUACAACAAAAUCACAAUCAACUUACAUGGAAGGGUAGGAUUAAAAUUACUUAUGAAAUAAUUCUUUCACUUAGUUAUAUUCAUAAUGAGAAAGCAAUUCAUAGAGAUUUGCAUUCUGGAAAUGUAUUAUAUUCUCAACUUUAUAAUGAUUGGUGCAUUAGUGAUCUUGGAUUUUGUGGACCUGCUGAUAAAUCAUCAAAAAGUAUAUACGGUAAUCUUCCUUAUAUAGCGCCUGAAGUUAUUGUUGGAAGAGAAUAUACAUUUGCAUCUGAUAUUUAUAGUAUUGCAAUGCUUAUGUGGGAAAUUUCAUCCGGAAAACCAUCAUUUAUAAAUUAUGAACAUGAAAAUGAUAUUGUAAUGAAUAUUAUUAAUGGUAUAAGACCAAAAAUUGUGCCAGGAACUCCAUUAGAAUAUAAAAAUUUAAUGAUACAAUGUUGGGAUUCUGAUCCAUUAAAAAGGCCUGAUACUAAGACACUUGAAGAAAAAAUGGGUAAAAUCAAUUUAUAUUAUCAAAAUAUGCCAGAUGAAUUAUUACAAUCAGAAAUGGAUGAUUUAAAAAUGAAUAAAGUAGAAGAAAAUUCUACAAGUAGCAGAUUAUUUACAAGUAAAAUUCACAACUUUGAAAAUCUACCUGAACCAAGAAAUGUAACAGAAGAAGAACAAGAAGCAUUUCAUAGUAAACCAUAUGAUUUUAACAUUCCUAAAAAUAUUAACGAUGAUUUUAAUGGAUUAAAUAAGCAGUAUAGUGACAGUAAAAAAUUGUCUAGCGAAUUAAUAAAUUCAAAUGAAAUAAUUCAACAACAAAUGAAAAAGAAAAGUAUUGAUAAUGAUGAAAUGAUUCAACAAAAAAUGAAAAGACAAAAUUUUGGUGAUAUUGAUGAUGAUGACGAUGUAUAUAGUAAUCCAAACUUUCAUUCAAAAGAACAAGAUGACCUGGAAAUUCCUGAUUACGAGUUUUAAAUAUUCCUUUUGUAAUAUCAUUAAUUAUAUUUUGAGGAUUUUAUUAUUUAUUUAUGCUUUAUUUUGAAUUAUUUAACCACUAAGACUAGAGUAAUAUUUACAAGAUUCUUAGUUUGUAAUUUAAAUAAUUAUAUAAUAAAAUUCGAAUUAUUAAAUAUGUAAAUUAUCACAAAAAAGAAAAUAUUUAUAUGAUUACAACUUCUACUCUAAUUAGAAUUUAUCGUUUCUUUUUGAUAGGAUAAGCAAAACAUGAUAAGAGAGAUUCUUUAACGAGAUCAACUUCCUUUACAAAUUUUCAUAUACACGGAGAAUAGUGGAACUAUUUCAGCUAACACGACUCAUUCGUAGAAAUGAAAAUGAAAAAUGAAA